GAACUUUCUUAUGUGUGCUCAUUAUUUGGAUAGUCGUGUCUUUAAAUGGUUAUAAAUAAUGAGCUUUGGUUAAAGCAAUGUUAGUGUAUUCUUCUAUCUGCAGGACCAUGAAAUAAUUUGCUAAUGGCCACAAUUUUAGGUUGUAUUAGGUGUUCAGUGGUUACAUUUUAGAACCGAUGUAAAAUUUUAGACAUUGGAUAUAAAUUAAUAUUAACAUUUCGAAUUCGGGAAUAAAAAUAAAUUGUAUGCUAACAUUUGAAAUGUCAUCAAAUAAUGUUCAGUGUGAAAUGUGCUGUAAGGAACAGGCAGUUGGAUGCUGCAAUAUAUGUGGAAACAUUUGUGAAUCGUGUUGCGUGAUUCAUAAGAAAGGAAGGGCAUUCCAAACCCACAUUCUGAAGAUGUACGGAAAGGAUGGAUACAAUUCAAGGAGUAUUGUAUAUGAUAUCACAGAGGAGAUAUGUAAACACCAUCUGACUGAAAAAGCGUCAUUAUUUUGUAAAAUUCAUAACUUAAUGAUCUGUGGUCGAUGUUUUCGUUCGGAUCAUAUUUCAUGUGCUCAAGAGGUUGUUGAUUUGUGCAAUGAGGCAGGGCAUUUUAAUAACGACCAAUGCAAGGCUAUGUCUGCAGCUUUAAAUGAUAUACAGGAUGCAAUUAAGCGCACGAAGGAAGAACUUGAUCGAAAAACAGAAACAUGUAAGAACCAUGCGGUUAAAUGCAAUAAAGAAUUGGAUGAUUUUGAAAAUAAACUAAAACGGAAACUAGAAUAUUCUAUAAACAGUCUCAGGCAAGAAGCACGUAAAUUUCAGGACGAAAACAUGCACGCUUUUUCAUUUAUUUCUGCCAUUUGUGAAAAGAAAAAGUUUUGGGCUAUUCAACAGGAAAGUCAACUCAAAGAGUUUGUGCAAAACUCAUUUACUGGUCGCCUUUACCUGAUGAACCAGAAAUUUGAACAGGAAAUAUCGGAGGUCAAAAAAGAGAUAAGAGAAGCAAAAUGCAAGCAUAACGUUAAACUGUUUUGCUUAAAGGAUAGUAAGGUUGCCUUAAAGUGUUUGAUUGAAGACUUGAGGGAUGUUUGCGAACUUCAGGAGGAAGUUGAUGGAAGCGACGAAGGAACCACAUACGCAAUUGGGGAUGCAUCAACAGAUCAGCAAAAAACGCGAAAGGAAUUCGUGGAAGCAUUGAUUCAGGCAAAGCAGGACGUAGAUAAAGUAGAAAUGGCAAGGAAUGGACUUUGUGAUGAGCUGGAACAAAUGAAACAGAAACUUAAUACUUCAGAAAAGAUGAGAAUGGAACUGCACGACGAGCUGGAACGAGUCAAACAGGACCUUGAUAAUUCAAGAAAGGAAUGUGCAUUACUCCAGGCAAAGGGUCUACCCAUCAAACAAUGCAUUGAAUGGAAACAGCCAACUGGAUCAGUAGAGGUCACAGUCAGCCAGUACCAACGUUUUUCUAUCGGUUUAUUAUUUACAUUCCAGGAUGGCAUUCAGACGAGAUACCAUCCGUUCCCGGGGCAACCGUAUAAAGGCAGCACGAUCGCAGGACGUUUGAAGAACGACAGUGAGGGUCAGACGGUAUGUAGGCUGCUGAAGACGGCGUUCAGAAGAGGGCGGAUGUUUACUGUUGGGCACGACGGGAAUGUUUGGCUGAGUGGCAUCUCAAUGUUUGAUAGUGACUUUCUGGCGAUAGUACCUAUUUCGCACUACGCUGAAUACAUACAGGGGGUGAAAGCGGAGCUUAAAGCCAAAGGCAUCACGGAGGAUACCAUAGAUCAGACGGAAACUGUUGAGGGGAUUUUCAUUGUUGAUGGUCCGUAACUCAUGCCGCUGACAGAGGUGGACAUAGAUCAAACAAUGAAACUGGAAGGAUCUUUUACUGUCCCUUGUCCGUAAAUUACAGGUUUAAGUUUGCUUGGAGAAACAAUACAAAAACAUUAUUUGAUAUCAAUUAUAUGCUCUGUAUUUUUUUAUCUUGCAAAUGUUUGUUCUAUAAUCGUUGCGGAUUUAUGGUCCAUUGCAUACAUUGUGUUUUAGAGAGGUUGCUUAACCCCCAAUGGUACAGGAACCUUUACAUGUUGGCUAAGUUUUGUAGAUUAUUUUGCUGUCUUGAAUGUCGUACAAAUAAGAGUAGAUUGUAUUAUAUGACGAGGAAAUUGUGCAAGUUUUGAGUUACAUGUAUGAUAGCACUAGGAAAUAUAUGUUUGCGAGGGUCAGUGAGCUAAUCUUUCUUGAUUUUGUAUACAAUAAUGUUAUUAGAACUGAAUUUGGUCCGGGAGGUUGAAUUUGGUAUUUAAUAAAGUAGAGGUCAACUUUGACUAAAGUUUGUGUUAAUUUUUUGUGUGCAAUGUUAUAUGAUGGAUUCCUUCAUCUUCACUCAUACGGCAGUAUAUCUAGUUUAUUUUUCUAUGCCAAUUAUUUAUGCCAUUGAACGAAUAAAUAUAUCCAUUAUUUCCACCGAAAUAGUAUAAAUC